AUGCCUUGUGAAGAACACUGGAUUCGAGGCGUUUCUCGCGACUCUGAGUUUGAUGGUCUUUCUGCCUUUUCUGGGGAUGUCAUGCGCAACCCUCGAAGUAGACAUUUGUUUGGUGAAUUGCCCAUUAAUGCUCUUUCCAAUGAUGUUGGACUCUCUGGUUGCCAUAAUAUAGUAGAAUCAGGUUGUGGAAGGAGUUCAAUGAGUUUUUUAAAAUCCCAACGACAUGAACCUUUAUGGCAACCAACACGAUUAACAUCACCCUACUGUGUGUUGAGUGCUAAUGGUGUUCAGGAUGAUUUUUAUACAUCUUCACUUUCAUGGGGACGUGAAAGUGUUCUGUUGGCAUUACGGGAUGAAGUUCUUUUAUUUCAACCAUCCCGUCCUGCGGAGCGACCAGCGGUGUUAAAUAUUCAAAAACGUGGUCGUGGUUCACUUUCAAGAGUAACUUCUGUUUCCAUGAGUCGUUUUUCAGAUGCAUGUUGUUUCUUAGGGGAGUUGGAUGGUUCUGUUGGAAUGUAUGAAUCUUGUGGAGAUGGUUUAUUAUUGCCAACCAACCGUUUCGAAAUGCCGCCUUCUCUUCUUGAAAAAACUCCACUUUAUGGUGCAUCUGCAAUGGCAGCCACUGCGAGUGUUCGUUGUCUCACAACAAAUGCUGAACAUCCAUGGAUGGUGGCUGCAGGAACAGCAGCACAAGGACUCUUUAUUCUUGACAGUCGUUGUACCAAACCUUCAGCGCAAAUGGGAGGAUGUGAUUUACCUUUUCCUUGUAAAGAGAGAAGAUUAGAUUCAUCACCAUUAUCACCAGAGGAUGCUGUUUCAUUACUUUCAUCUGCAACUGGAAUUUCUGGUAUUGCAUGGAAUGCAUCUGGUUCACUUGUAGCAACAGGUAGAAGUGAUGGUAUCGUAGAUAUUUGGUCCUUAUCACAAACACGUACUCCAGUUAUGCAGAUGAAACUUCCUAGUUUGCAUACUUCUAUUAAAGCUAUCGCAUUUCAUCCUACAAAUCCGUAUGAACUCACUGUGGGAGGAGGAUCUAAUGAUGGUAUUCUAAGAGUGUAUGAUGUUUCCUCUGCAGCACCACAGCUUUCCUGGUCUGUAUCUACACAAUGUCAGGUAACGCAAGCAUUAUAUUCUCCAGAUGGAGCUUUCAUUGUUUCUGCACAGGGAACACAAUUAAAAGAUUUUUCUUUGGGUACAUCUCCUACUAGAUAUUCUUCCUCAUCUUCAAAUUUAAAUACGAGACGUCCUACUAGAGAUGAUACCGAAUCCCAUUAUGAAAUGGGAAAUCAUUUAGAACGAUUAACGGAACGAAUUGAACGAGAUAUGAGGGGUGGUGAAGGUCGUACACAGCGAGAAGGUGAUGAAGACUUAUUAACAUAUGAUUCUUUAACAACAGAGACAACACCUUCUAUAUAUGCAACGAAUCCAUUUUCUUUGGUUGUCUGGCGAAAAGGUACUCAACAGCGGGGUUCAACCUCAUUGGGGUUUACCAGUAACGCUUCUUCUAUCCAUAAUCAAUUUGGAUCCUAUGCUAAUGAGUCACGACAUACACCACUUCCUCUUGUCUCUAUGUAUACCAUGUCGGGACACCGAUCUCGGCCAUUGCAGUUAUCAGCCCCCUUUGCCCAAGCAGCGAAUGAAGGCUGCAUGGCCUCUAUUGCUGGCGGUAUGGAUAGUACGAUUCGAUUUUGGAGGCCUUUUUGUUUGAAAAGUGAAGGCACUACUUGGGAACAACGUUCUCGCAACUCUUUGCGAACUGCCAUCACAGAUCAAGAUGUUGAGGAUAUGAUGACGCUUCCACUAAGGUGA